GCAACCCUGGCUGUUUGGUUUUGUUUUUAUUUCAAAUUGUUAUUGUUUUUGUCAGUUGUUCCGGUUUUCUAAUGUGGAUAUUUUGUGGAUUUUGAGCUGGCAGUCAAGGAACCGGAAGCACGAUGAAUGUCCUUAGGCGUCUGGACCGUCUCCUCCCAUCGACCGCCCGUCGAUGCGGUGCUCUUGCCACGUGCCGCUGGAGGCCGCAAACCAGGAGCUCCAGUUCCUCCGGCACUCCCAUCUCCACCGUAGAUCCGGCCGAAGUGCGCGGUGUGGCCCAGAUCCUGCGCAAGCAGAAGGGCAACCUGGGCCAGCCCACCUGCGUCUCUCAUCCACAUCUCAUCCAGCCAGACGAACUGGUUCCCGGCGUGGAACAAAACGAAUUCAAGGAGCGAAGGUCCCAGUUGAUGCAAAACAUACGAGCCUAUGUGCGCAGCUUUGGCGGCGAGUUCAACGGCCACUCCAGUCCCAAUCACAUGCUCGUUCUAGGUGCCGCUUCCAAGAAGUACAUGAGUGGCAAGAUUCCCUAUGUUUUCCGGCAGAACUCAGACUUUUACUACCUCACUGGCUGCCUGGAACCCGACGCCGUGCUCUUGCUGACCAUCGAUGAGCAACAGAACGUGCAAUCCGAGUUGUUUAUGCGCCCCAAGGAUCCGCACGCCGAACUUUGGGACGGUCCACGCACUGGACCCGAAUUGGCUGUCCCACUCUUUGGCGUCACAGAAGCCCAUCCCCUCACACAACUGGAUGCAGUGCUGACCAAGAGGGUUGGCGCUUUGAAGCCACACAUUUGGUUCGACGCAAAGAACUCGGAUCUUCCUUCUCUCACCGAGAACAUGCAGAGAUUGAGUGGCUCGGAACAGCGUCCUCUGCUGCCCGCCUACACAUUUCUGGAGGCCAGUCGACUCCUCAAAUCCCGAGCGGAAAUGCAGCUGAUGCGACGCACUUGCGACAUAGCUUCUCGCUCCUUUAACGAGGUGAUGGCCGAAUCGCGACCAGGACAAUCGGAACACCACCUAUUCGCAGCCAUUGAUUACAAGUGCCGCAUGCGCAACGCCAGCUACUUGGCUUACCCACCUGUGGUGGCUGCAGGAAAGAAUGCCACCGUAAUCCAUUACGUGAGCAACAGUCAGUUGGUUGGAGCACAGGAUCUGGUGCUCAUGGACGCCGGCUGUGAGUACGGUGGUUACACCAGCGAUAUAACGCGCACUUGGCCAGCAAGUGGACACUUUACGGAGCCACAGCGCACGCUCUACGAGAUGGUGCAUCAGCUGCAGGGCGAGAUCAUUGCCACUGUGAUGAAACCGGGCGGUGAAACCCUGGAUCAACUAUUCGAAACCACCUGCUACAAGUUGGGAAAGUACCUGCAGGAAAUCGGACUGGUUUCCAAGUCGGUUAGUGACUAUAAAGAGCUGGCCGGCCAGGGCUAUCGCUUCUGUCCGCAUCAUGUGUCCCACUACUUGGGCAUGGACGUCCACGAUACGCCGCAUGUGCCGCGCAACACGCGCCUUGUGCCCGGAAUGGUUUUCACCGUGGAACCGGGCAUUUAUAUUGGCCAGGAUUGCGGCGAUGUGCCGCCCGAAUUCCGCGGCAUUGGCAUCCGCAUCGAGGACGACCUGCUAAUCAACGAACACGGCCAGGUGGAGGUGCUCACUGAAGCCUGCGUCAAGGAUCCGCGCGCUCUGCAGGAACUGUGCCAAAAGGAGAGGGACUCCGGAGCCUCCGCAUCGCUGGGUUGAGUUCAUCGAGCGAGGGGGGAUCACUAAAUUCCUAGUCAUUUGUAGAUGCGUCCAUCCCCAGAAACAUCCCCAUUUAACAUUUCACCAUUUGUAGACUAAAGUAAAGGCAGCUGGUGUAUUUAUGAAUGCAGACAUGGCAAAUACAUUUGCAACUCGA